AAUCCCCCUAGUGGCAGCUCCAGCGGCUGGGUGUAGCAGCGCGGUGAAGAGGAGGCUGUGUUUGGAUUAGGGGGUUGGGCUGCCUGCUGGUAGGAAACCUGCCGCCAGACAUCCAGUUUGUCUCCGGCGGUGCAGCGUUGCUUUCCCGCAGCCUCAGCAGCAGCGACACCGCAGAGCAGCCUCCAGCCUCACCUGCUCCUCAUCCGUGCUCCCCUCCGCCUCUGUCAGACACAAACACUGCCGCAGCACACAGGAGACGGACAUACAAGGACGGUCAGCUGAGCAGUCUUCAGGGAAAUAAAGGGAAUAUAUAUAAGGGCGGUGAAAGAUGGUGAAACUGGGGAGUAAUCUUCAAGACAAAGGGGCCAAACCUGUGAGCGUGGAGGACGGCUUUCAGAAUGUGCCCCUCAUCACUCCACUGGAUGUCGGCAGUCUCCAGAGCCAAGCACCUGACAAGGUGGUGGUAAAAACUCGCACGGAGUACCAGACAGAGAAGAAGAGGCUGAAGGUUCCCAAGGUGGAGGAGUUCAACAUCAGCUUUACUGACGGGGUGUCUGAGAGACUUAAGGUGACUAUUCUGAUCAUCCUGGCCCUGGCCUUCCUCGCCUGCAUCGUGUUCUUGGUGGUUUAUAAGGCCUUCACCUAUGACCACGCCUGCCCAGAUGGAUUCAUUUACAAGCACAAGCGGUGUAUCCCAGCCUCUUUGGAGGCCUACUAUGCUGCUCAGGAUGCCAACUCAAGGGGCCGUUUCUACACAGUGAUCAGCCACUACAGCAUGGCCAAGCAGACCACCUCGCACUCUGUCUCCCCCUGGCUGCCUGGAGGGGCGGCGGGGCAGCAGCACGACGCUAAACCUCCGAGUGACGAGGGCCACUGAGUUAGCUGAAUGGUUAGAGGGUGUUGUAAACACAUGCAGACAUGAAGAAAUACAGACACAGGCAGAUAUAGACGCAGCCACACACAAACAUGUAGGUGAAUAUUUAAGAUAAGAGACA